GUUAGCAAUGGCGGCGCGUGUUGAUCCAAUGAUCGUCCGGCGCGUGAUCGGCGACGUGGUCGACGUGUCGGUGCCGUCGGUGGCGAUGUCCGUCUACUACGCCGCCAAGCACGUCAACAACGGCUGUGACGUCAAGCCCUCCGCCGCCGUCGACGCCCCCAGAGUUUACAUCGCCGGCCUGCCUGACCAAUUCUACACCUUGGUAAUGACAGAUCCUGAUGCUCCAAGUCCAAGUGAGCCAAGCUUAAGGGAAUGGGUGAAUUGGAUUGUGACAGACAUUCCAGGUUGCUCUAAUGCCUCCAUAGGUAAGGAGGUGUUGCCAUAUCUCGGCCCGAGCCCGGCCGUCGGGAUCCAUCGAUACAUUCUUGUACUUUUCCGGCAGAAAUCCGCUCUGCUGGAUAAGCCGCCGGAGCCACCGGCGUUGCGCUCUAAUUUCAACACUAGAGCUUUUGCAGAAAAACUUGAACUUGGAACUCCGGUGGCCACCGUAUAUUUCAAUGCCCGUAGGGAGCCCGCGAACCGUAAACGCUAGAGCCCGA